AGGAAGAGGAGGUCUGGUUGUGAGGAGGCUCAUGUGAUGAUCUUUUGAAUUCCUGUUUCCCCGCAGCGCAGCUUGUCAGCGCGAGCUGCGCGCCGCUCGUACGCAUGUCCGUUCGUCUCCGACACAGAAGGACCUGACGGCUGGAGACCUUCAAGCUCGCCUCUCUUCAUCAUGCUGCUGCAGUUUUGAGCCUUUUUUUAUUUGCCUCCUCUGAAGUGACGCAGCUGAAGUGGAUCUGCAGGAGCAAACAGAAACGCAGCGUUGGAUCGAUGCUCAUGUCCUGUUCGCGCACUGAUUCAGACAGCCUCCGGGCUGCAGAAAUACUACAAUAGCAUUUAGCCUCCGCUGCCUUCAAGAGGCCACCGUGUGUGAGUGUGUGUGUGAGUGAGUGCGCGUGUGUGUUGGGAGGAAAAACAGAGGAUCGAGCUGAGGAAAAACGGAGGAUCGAGCUGCAGCAAGUCGCCGGGAUCGACGCCAAGGAGAGUCCUCGACCGUCAGGGUUCAACGCGAAAACCUGAGGAGCAGCCAUGUCAUCCACCAAAUUCAAGAAGGAUAAGGAGAUCAUAGCGGACUAUGAGAUCCAAGUCAAAGAGAUCCGUAAUCAGCUGGUGGAGCAGUUCAAAUGCCUGGAGCAGCAUUCCGAGUCUCGUAUCCAGCUGCUGCAGGACCUGCAGGAGUUCUUCAGACGCAAAGCUGAAAUUGAACUGGAAUACUCCCGCAGCUUGGAGAAACUGGCUGAGAGGUUCUCCUCCAAGAUCCGCAGCUCCAGAGAACACCAACAGUUUAAGAAGGACCAGCACCUGCUAUCAUCGGUAAACUGCUGGUAUCUGUUGCUGAACCAGACGAGACGUGAGAGUCGAGACCACGCCACCCUCGGUGACAUCUACACCAACAACGUUAUUGUCCGUUUGACUCAGAUCAGUGAGGAUGUCAUUCGCCUGUUCAAGAAGAGCAAAGAGAUUGGGAUCCAGAUGCACGAGGAGCUGGUGAAGGUGACAAAUGAACUCUACACUGUGAUGAAAACAUACCACAUGUAUCACACUGAGAGCAUCAGUGCAGAGAGCAAGCUGAAAGAUGCUGAGAAGCAGGAGGAGAAGCAGUUCAGCAAGUCCGGAGAUCUCAACGUCAACCUGCUCCGCCACGAAGACCGCCAACCACGGCGCAGCUCUGUCCGAAAAAUAGAGAAGAUGAAAGAGAAGAGACAAGCCAAGUAUUCAGAGAAUAAGCUGAAAUGCACAAAAGCCCGAAAUGAUUAUCUUCUGAACCUGGCAGCAACCAACGCGGUGGUGGCAAAGUAUUACAUCCAUGAUGUCUCUGAUAUGAUAGAUUGCUGUGACCUGGGCUACCACGCCAGCUUGGCUCGCACCUUCAGGACCUACUUAUCUGCAGAGUACAACCUGGAGACGUCACGCCACGAGGGCCUGGAUAUCAUUGAGAAUGCAGUGGACAACCUGGACUCGCGCAGUGACAAGCACAAGAUCAUGGAUAUGCAUAACCAGGUGUUCUGUCCUCCGAUGCGCUUUGAGUACCUGCCGCACAUGGGGGAUGAGGUUUGCCAGGUCAGCGCCCAGCAGCCGGUCCAGACUGAGCUCCUGAUGCGCUACCACCAGCUCCAGUCUCGAUUAGCUACACUGAAGAUUGAGAAUGAGGAGGUGAGGAAGACCCUGGAUGCCACCAUGCAAACCUUGCAGGAUAUGCUGACUGUGGAGGACUUCGAUGUGUCGGACGCCUUUCAGCACAGCCGCUCCACCGAGUCCAUCAAGUCCGUGGCCUCAGAGUCGUACAUGAGCAAGCUCAAUGUCGCCAAGAGGAGGGCAAACCAGCAGGAGACGGAAACCUUCUACUUCUCUAAAUUCAAAGAGUAUCUGAAUGGGAGUAACCUCAUCAUAAAACUCCAGGCGAAGCAUGACCUGCUGAAGCAGACGCUGGGAGAAGGGGAGAGAGCUGAAUGUGGAACAACAAGUGCCAGGCCCCCCACCCUCCCCCCCAAACCACAGAAAAUGAAGAAGCCUAGGCCAUGCUCCAUGAUUAACCAUAAGCUGUUUAACGGCGACAUGGAGACCUUCAUCCAGGAUUCAGGUCAACCGAUUCCUCUUGUUGUUGAAAGCUGCAUCAGAUACAUCAACCUGUAUGGGCUGCAACAACAGGGAAUAUUCCGGGUUCCAGGAUCACAGGUGGAGGUCAACGAUAUCAAAAACUCGUUUGAGAGAGGUGAAGAUCCGUUGAUCGACGACCAGAAUGAGCAGGAUAUUAACUCAGUAGCAGGAGUGCUGAAGCUGUACUUCAGAGGACUGGAAAACCCGCUUUUCCCAAAGGAGCGUUUCCUGGACUUCAUCGCUACCAUCAAGCUGGAAUCAGGAGCUGAGAGAGCUCAUCACAUCCAGCAGAUCGUCGUGACCCUUCCUCGGACCGUCAUCAUCGUCAUGAGAUACCUUUUUGCUUUUCUCAACCAUCUGUCCCAGUACAGCGACGAGAACAUGAUGGACCCGUACAACCUGGCUAUCUGCUUCGGUCCGACUCUGAUGCCCAUCCCGGAUGGACAGGAUCCCGUGGUGUGUCAGGCCCACGUUAACGAAGUCAUCAAGACUAUCAUCGUCCACCACGAAGUCAUUUUCCCAAACCAGCGUGAGCUGGACGGACCCGUGUACGAGAAGUGCAUGGCUGGUGGGGAGGAGUACUGUGACAGCCCCCACAGUGAACCAGGAACCAUCGAUGAAGCUGAUAAUGGAACAGAGCCACACACCAGUGACGAAGAGAUCGAGCAGAUCGAAGCCAUCGCUAAGUUUGACUACGUGGGACGCAGUCCCCGAGAGCUGUCCUUUAAGAAGGGAGCCUCUCUGCUCCUGUACCACCGAGCAUCUGAGGACUGGUGGGAGGGACGCCACAACGGCGUGGAUGGACUCAUCCCGCAUCAGUAUAUCGUCGUACAAGACCUGGACGACGCCUUCUCAGAUAACCUGAGUCAGAAAGCAGACAGCGAAGCCAGCAGUGGGCCGCUGCUGGAAGAAAAGGGGUCGUCCAAGAACGACAUCCCAUCUCCAAGCGACCAGUCACUGGAUCCUACCUUCGGAGGAGUCGUGGGGAGGGUGCGGUUACAGUCGGAUGGAGCUGCGAUCCCGCGCCGUCGGAGCGGGACGGAGACCCAGAGUCCAACCAGAGGAACUGACACGCCUCCGAGGGCGGCAGCUUGUCCCAGUAGUCCUCACAAAAUGUCCAUCAGCAAGACUCGCAUGGAGAGCCCAGAGAAAAGGCGGCUUGGUACUUUUGGAAGUGCGGGCAGCAUCAACUACCCCGACAGGAAGGUGUACCCUGAGGGACACCCACUGAGACCUGUAACAGGGGCCACACGCCACAGCAGCCUGGGGGACCACAAAACGCUGGAGACGGAGGCGUUAGCUGAGGACAUAGAGAAAACCAUGACGACGGCGCUCCAUGAGCUGCGUGAGCUGGAACGACAGAAUGCGGUCAAACAGGCUCCUGAUGUGGUUCUGGACACGCUGGAGCCCAUGAAGAACCCCGUCAGCUCAGAGCCCGGCGGUCUGCUUAACACCAUCAUGAUGAUCCGUGACCCGGACGCCGCCAUGCGCCGCAGCAGCAGCUCCACCUCAGAGAUGAUGACCACCUUCAAGCCUGCUCUCUCUGCCCGGCUGGUCGGGGCCCAGCUCCGCCCUCCGUCCAUGAGACCGACGCGGCCGUCUCCGACGCCGCACCGCUCCAGCAGCUCCAGCUCCUCGGGCGUUGGCAGCCCCGCCGUUACCCCCACCGAGAAGAUGUUCCCUAGCAACAGCCCCGCCUCAGGCUCCAACAUGAACCUUUCUGGUGACGGCGAGGACAAGUCUGUUAGCAUGUAGCGGUGAGGAGGCUUUCAGAGUGAAAGGAGAGCUGACAUCCAUGGUAACAGCUAUGUUGCCAUGGCGACAGAGCAGCAGAGGAAGCUGUAGCAAUGUCGCACGUACAGCUCAGCUCUCUUUGACUUAACCCUAAAUGUCUACUUGUCUUUCAGUUACACGUCAGCGUGAACAGACGUCUGUGGCCCUGAAGCAAUACUUGUGUAAAAGUCGGUCCGGCUGACAUGUUGACUGGACUGAUGCAGGCAUCCAGGCUAAAAUACUAACUCUGAGAGGGCGCAGGACUCGUUUCUGUAAAUACAAACGUACUUCAUGUCACCACGCUUUCUUUUUAAAAAGAACUUAAAACAUUGGACGUUCAGCAAAGUAACAUCCAGGUGACUCUUGCUUCUGCAUGCAGGGUUUGGGGGAAAAAGGGAAAUGAAAAGAGUUGCAUCACCUAAAGGGUAUAUGGCAUAAGGCUUGAGCCAGUACAAGAAUAGUAGGUUUAGACCUCAUGAUGGCACCAUCACAAUGAUAUUUCAGCCAUUUUAAAGUGUUCUAUUGUAUAAAAAAAACACCCCUUAUUACAUACAGCAGCAGACAUGUGCAGCAUGGUAGCCUUCCAGGACCGGAGUUGGUAACCCCUGCUCUAGAUGCUCUUGCUGCUACAUUUAGUGGAUGAGGAUGACUAUAAUAUUUUUACACAACAUGGUCCAUGCAAAACUGGCAAUGGUGUAAAGGUUAUUUUGAUAAUAGUGGACUUCUAUGUUGAGGAUGGAGUCGGUUUAAGACGGCAUUAACACACCGUGGUCCUGUGUGCACCUAGUCUGGCAAGCCAGACUACAUAAAUUUAUUAUUUAGUCUGGCCAUGCUCCAUUGACGGCUCUCGGUUGUGGGGCGGGUUCUACCGUUGUCUUUCAAAUGAUCUCUGCAUGCUACUGGACAAUGAAUGUGACAUUCUCACCACAACAGCCAUCGGUAAACGAGACGGUCCACAGUUGAAGAAGGAGAAAACACAUCAUUUAAAAAAAAAAAAAAAAAAAAAAGCACUUAAAUACAUCUAUCUGCUCCUGAUUCUAAUGAUGCCCAAGCUCUAAUAGUCCAAAACUGAUGUAAAAGCUGUUUCAAACGAGCUGUCGCCAUCUUGUUUCACUCUGUUGCAUCAUCCCACCCACCAGGCAUAUAGAGUGCCCUGAUUGGCCCACAAAGCGGAUAAAGCUCUGUGAUUUGUUCACUAAGCAGAUAGAGCACUAUGAUUGGCCCACCAUUAUGGACCAAUCACAGCUCUUUAUGUGUUUGAAACCCCUCUAGAGAGCUGUGAUUGGCCAGCCAGAAUGCUGUUAGAGGCUGCAGAGGUUCCAGUGGAGCGUUCCUAGACCAAACUUUGCAAAGCAAGAAUUUGGUCUAGUUCACUAGGCAAGUGUGCACCCGCGCUAGGAUGUAAAUUCUAUUUCUCCAAACAGAGGCCGUUCAAGAAGCUAUCUAGAAUUAAUAAGAGUGUAUUGAUACUUUUUAUACAGAUAAGUGACUGGAAAAAAAUCCCUUUAAAGUUCCACAUUUCCAAAUAUUCGAUAAACUUGUUAUCCUGCUGAGCUAGAUCUUACAACUGGCACGUGUGUUUCCUUUUUUCAGUGGAUGAAGCAUCUUGGCAUGAAGAGGACUGCUAAUCAGUGUCACUUUAAUACAAAACGAACCGUCCUCCACCGUCGUGCAUGGAUGGACAGCGAGCAAACACAACUCGCCCAUGUUUCUGUCUUUUUUUCUCCCUUGUGCUGUAAAUAAAAAGCGGGAGGCUAAAGCACCACCUAACAUAGGAAUCCUGUUGGAAAGGUGUACAUAAUGCAGAGAUAGUCAUUUGUAAGUGUUAAUUGUGUACAGGUAAAUAAAAAAGAAGGGGUGUAGAGCUCAUAAACCAACUUUUUUUUAUGAUUUACAGUAAAUACAAACAUUUUUUGAUUGUAAAAUACAUUGAAAGUCAUUUUGUGUGUACCAUUAGGGAAAUAGCACUGUGGAACAAAGACUGAAUAAAUGUUGUUUUUACUGAUGAAAUCCAGCUUUGACGGCUUUCUCGGUUGUUUCAUGUAAAAUCUGAUUUGAGUGAUUUUUAUUAUUUCAGAAGCAAUAGCGUCCGGUUCUCUCCUGACCUAGCUUGAGGAAUGUGGGAGCUUAACUUUGACUGUUACACUUUUUACACGCCUCCUCCUGUCUUUGUGUCCACCGUAGCGUUUGGCAGGUUUAAGUCCAGUUCUGAGCUGAAAAUGUCAGACGCAGUUGGUGAGUCUCAGCCAUGCAGGACAUGCUUCUGAUCGAAGGACAACCAGAUGUUUGUGCAAUUCAUCUGAGCUCAACGCUUUUUUUUUCAGUUGUCUGGUUUUCAGUUCCAUAUUUAAAAUACAAAAGGGUCCAGUUGUCAGUUUUGGUGCCUUGGCUUGUUGAAAAAAAAACCCUGUUCAGUUAAAUUUUGACUGGAAACUUUAUUUUAUUUUAUUUUAUUUUUAAGGUAUUUGACCUAAACCAUAACAGUGUGACUAGAAAUGAGAACAAGCUGCUUAAUUUGAGGGAGAAAGUUGGUUCAGAUCAUUUUAAAACUUAUGUUGUAGAAACGUCUUAGAACAACCUCAGGUUGAGGAUACAGAGAUUGGUUCUGAUUGGACUGAGGAACCCACUGCUAGUCAGAGUUGGGCCACAAUCAAGGUGGAUUUGUGCUGCCUUAUGUGACAGUGUGAGCGUCCUGUCACCGUAUCCUGAUUGAUCAUGCGCCCUGGCUACCCGGCCACGGGGAUGUCCCUUUGGCUGACUGGUUAGCGCGCGACUCUCACCCGGGAGUCUGGGGAUCGAAUCCCACCCAGGCCCUCGUUUCUCCACCUUGCCACACUCAAAUCAACACUUACAUCACAGUGAUUCACAUUAAAACUCUUUUAUGGUGCUAAUUUUACAUUUCAUGGUUUUUUUCUAUAGCGUUCUAUGGCCAUCAGUUGCAGGUUUGGUAGAUCUUGCUGCCUGUGGCCGUUUUGGUCAGAAUAACCAUGACAGAUAAAAUGUUCUGCAACAUAAAGGUUUAUAGAACGGUUCCCAUGAGCAGACAUGACACUUUUAUGUUUAGAGUUGUGCCAAGAUGAUAGCAACAAUUCACUCUGUUGAUUCAUCUGAAGUAAUUAUCCCAUUUGGUCAUUAACCAGACUGAAUCCUGAUACAGACAUGCUGCAAACGGAGUCUCGUGCUGUCCUAUUCGCUUGUUUUGGAUGCAAGUAUCAGCUUGAGCAGACGAGGAGAACUUCAAAAGCCAAAAUGAAAGAAAAACAACACAGCAUUUAAAGCGUUCUCGCACCCUCUGCUGGUUCCUGCUGGCGUGAGCUCCUUUUAAUGAGUCAGCCGUUGUUGAGCUUUGAUGGGCAUUACGAGGUCGGUCUGCAGCUGUGAUCAGGAUCAAGAUGCCUAAAUCGAUCCUUAUUGCUCUUUUUGUCUCUCAGCCAUUACUUCCAAAAGCACAUGAUUAUAUGAGGUGAAAUAUUCCUAUUUAAGUAGAUUUUUUAUUUAUACACUUGUGUAAGUGAGACAUAACAUUUGAGUGCCUUUUGUGCACAACGGUCUUCUUAUGUAGGAACUUUGCUUGUUUUUGUAAUUAUUUUUACUGUAAUAUGUUGCUGUUAUUUGUCAUGUUUAUCAUGAACUGUUGCCUUUUUGUGUCCGUGCAUUCGUCAAACAUAACAUUUUCCUCUCAUGCCUGAUAAAAGAAUCACGUGAAUCCUGUGGAACCUGCUGUACACACCAAUGACCAGUGAAGUUUACUGGAAUCAUCUCAGAAUAUUGCUGUCUGUGGUUUUGUUUUGGUUUGUUUAUUUUCUCUGUGAUCUGCUCGUGCUGUGGUUGAGCCUUUAGCGACUGUCGUUUCAAAGAGAAGUUGUGAUGUUGUCGGCAGCCGCUGGACUGAUUCAGGCUUCUGUCCAGUAUUAAAGGGGGCGCUCUCAUUUUCCUUCCAUGUGUGGUGUGAUGUACAUGUGAUCAAAUAAAAUUGAAGAAAAUCAAGAACAUGAGAGUUGAGGAGCGGCGUGAGGUCACGCCAGGGGAGCGGGGGGGUUUCUGUCACGCUGUUUUACCUUGUAACUGUUGGUCUGGUGAAGCUGUUUGUUGAUGAGUUGGGUGGGUGAAACAUGUGAUGUAACGUUCUUCAUCUCACUGACUGGAUGUGGAGAACUCCUGCGUUUAAAAUAAACCAUCAUGCUCUGUGAUCCUG